ACAAGUCCUCCUUUCAUUUUCCGCCAAUUUUCUCUUGGGCAUGGGAAAACUAGGAGCCACAUAUAUAUAGUUCCACACUUGAAUGGCAGUCCCAAAAAGCCAAUUUCCCAUGGCAGCAGCACGACACCUAGAUGUUCACAAAUCCACCGUUAGAGGCAUAACAACUUGUGCUUCACUUGUAAACACGACCCACUUAGAAAAUUCGCCUAUUUCUGAACCACAACACUUUGCAAAUGGCUCUUCAACCCCACCAUCUGAAGACACAUUACUAGUCCAGAAAAUCUUGUGGAAUCUUAAACAAUGUAAGUCAAUAACCAAUUCUUUACAUGGUUUAAACCCGUCUACUUUUCUUGAAGUUCUUGGUAAUUGUCGUGAUAAUUUGCAUUUAGCACAGAAAUUCAUUAACUUUGUUUCUGUAAAUUGUCCUAAUUUCAAACAUUGCUCGAGUUCAUUGACUGCUACUGUACAUGUGUUAAUUAGGUUUAAGAGGGUAGCUGAUGUACAGGGUUUUAUCUUAAGGAUGAUCAGAAGAACUGGGGUUUCAAGAAUUGAGAUUGUGGAAUCUGUGGUGUCAACUUAUGGGGUAUUUGGGUCGAAUCCAUAUGCUUUUGAUUUGCUGAUUAGGACUUGUGUACAAGCUAGGAAGAUUAGGGAGGCUGUAGAAGUAUUUUAGGUUGUUGCAAAGGAGGAAUCUUUGUGUUCUGAUAAAUGCGUGUAAUGGUCUUCUAGGAGGGCUUGUGAAGAUUGGUUGGGUUGACUUGGCAUGGGAAGUGUAUAAUGAGAUGACAGGGAGUAGCAUUCAGCCAAAUGUGUAUACCCUCAACAUAAUGGUGAAUGCUUUAUGUAAAGAUGGGAAAAUUGAAAGUAUAAUGGUGAAUGUUUUACCGGAUAAGUGCAUAUUGUCACGAGGGGCUUCAUUUUCAGACGCCCCACUUGUUGCCAUCUGUCGUGCUUGAUUUGUCAAAGAGAGAACUAGUGAGGGCCAAAAUGGAGUAUCAUAUAUAGUGUUGAAUCCAAUCUGAAGCUCUUUUGAACAAGAGAGAUACGAGUGACCACAAGCUUCGCUUAAGCGCAGUGCAAGGCGAGGUUUGGAACCCUACCAUCUAUUCUCUAUGCAUCUCAAUUGCUUCACACCUCUGCUUGGAAACUUUCAUACAACGCCCCUUGUUUCGUUCUAUCCCUAUUCUAUUACCAUACAUAAUUGGGAGAAGCUCAUCCAUAACUAGAGCUAGAAAUGGUUGAUUUUGUUUCAUUUCAUUCCCGCUCUCUAAGGAACUGUCUGUUAGUGAGACAUUAUCCAGACACAAAGUGGUGCUUCAUUUUCAGGAAUGUGCUUUUGGCUGUGGUGACAAACUUAAGAGGGCCCUUUUGAUAGUAAGAUUGCCAUCGAGAUUGAAUAUGCAGAAGUUCCUCUUUCAUCUGUCAGUUUGAUAGUUCACCCUGUGGACUCACAAUUUGUCAAAGAGCAUAAUAUGUACUGUGUUUUGACCUUAGAUUCAUGGUUUCCCUCUUGUUGCCACCAGAUUGUGUAUUCUGUGGACAGGGUCUGGAAUCUUUCACACAUCUAUAUUUUGGAAUGUCAUAUUACAAGGGGUUUGUGGAGUCUGAGUAUGUGCUUGCCGGGAUAUAAACGACAGAUUCAAGACUGGAAUGUUGAGGUUACAUGGGCAUGCAAGCUAGCAAAGAGCAAACGUGGAGUAGAUGAGAUUACUAGUUGUGCAUUUGCCAUGGUGGUUUACCUGAUAUGGCAAGCAAGGAACUCAAGCAGAUUUCAACAAAAGUCUAUUCAUGUUGAUGCACUGAUCAAAGAAAUGGUGUUACACUUGCACAUCAGAGGGCGGAAUUCAGGAAAAUGGCGAGAUAAGUGCAAGACAUUUCUCGUUUUCCUUAGAUGGUUACUGAUAGUAUUGUUUUUCUUAAGGUGUAUAUUUCCUAGGCUUAAUAUAUGUAUUGUUGUUGUGAAGCUAUAGCAUAGGUGCAGGAGAGACUGUUUGUCCAUAACUAUCAGAACUAUAUUGUAAAUAUUUGGUUGUCAAUGAAAAUGUCGCUUAACCAAAAA